UUACUGGCGACAAGGACAUGCAACAUGGGGUGCGCCAAAGGUUCAUACCGCGCGCCACGUCUAUCCCUGGUCAACCGUCUGUCCUUGAAGACGACGUCGAAUUCCUUUCCUUUAUUCUACUUUUCUUGUCAUGAGGUAUUUCCGGUCCGACGGGUUAUCUUCCCGCUGACAUGGGAUCGCGCAGGGGCGCCAGGCUUCGACAUAUAGAUUUCAAAUAGGGAGCAAUUCACUUCAAUACCCACAGUAUAUCAAGUCCACAGCCAUUUGGUCUUUGUUUUCGCAAUGUCACCGAGAAUCGCAAGCGUAAUUUCUCUGCUGGCCACAGCGGCAUACGCCCAGCAAUCAGCUUGGGGUCAAUGUGGGGGAACAGGUUGGUCCGGCUCGACAUCGUGCGUGAGCGGAUAUGCUUGUUCGAGUCUCAAUCCGUAUUACUACCAGUGCGUGCCGGGUGCUGCUACUUCCACGGCGACAAGUACGACUCAGCAGACUACUGCCGUGACUACGACCGGUGGAAGCGUAACGACCACAAAGGCUACGACGACUACAUCUGACUCUAGUCAACCGGCCUCGACAACUACAGCUGCUCCAAAGACACUGGUCUCGGGUUACUAUUGGGUGAGAGCGGUUGAGUCUCCGAACUUUCACUCAUAUCUGCAAGCAGCUCCAACAACGACACCAUCGCCUGGACCCGGCGAUGCAUACCUGCGAUCCGAAGAUGCAGCGGGCCAGUUUAAUGUAAUUGACGGACAGCUCGUUUAUUACACUGGCGGUGAACUUAUGUACAUGGGUGUCGAAAACCCCACCAACAAGUCACAGCGGGCUUUGGAGACCUGGUUCAAAACCACAGAGAAUGAUUAUGGUACAUUCGCAUUCCAGGGCGACACACUCACAUGGACCGUAGAUGACAUCAGCAGGCCCAACACGGCUGCUUGGCUGGUUUGUGGAGAUGAGGGGCAGCUGUUUAUCAAUACCGGGGCCUAUGCUUACCAGACACCGGACGGCUGUGCGGAUGAGACGAUUCAUUAUUAUGGCGGCUCGACAGCGAACGUGUAAGGACGUCGGACGCUGGAGGAAUUCAUUCCGAACCGUCAAAUUAUUCAAUAUAUUUGCAUGCUACUUGAAAAGGAUAGCGUU